AUGAAGUCCAUUCACUUUUGCUUCCUCUUCUGUGGCUGGAUAGCAGUGUGCUGGGGGCAGUGUGAACUAACCAACAUGACCAUUGCAGUAGAGAAAGAGGAGUGCCGCUUCUGCAUAUAUGUCACCACCACCGGGUGUGCGGGCUACUGCUUCACCUGGGACUUGGUAUAUAAAGACGCACUCAGGCGCAACAGCCAGAGAGUAUGUACCUUCAAGGAGCUGGUCUACGAGACCGUGAGAGUGCCCGGCUGUGCUAACUAUGCAGACUCCCUGUAUACGUAUCCAGUGGCCACUGAGUGUCACUGUGGCAAGUGUGACAGCAACAUCACUGACUGCACUGUUCAUGGCCUGGGGCCCAGCUACUGCUCCUUCGAUGAAAUGACGGAGUAA